UUAACUCAUUAGAGCUGUGAGAGGAGUUGUCUACGCUAGCUGAUAAGCGCUCUAUUUAUUGAUAAGUUACAAGAUUGUGGCAACAUGAGACCUUUAAUUAAAUAUAACUUAUUAGGAAAUACCUAAUGCUUUGCCCCCGAUUGCUGAGCUAUAAAAAGCUUAGCACAUCGCUUCGAACCACCACAAAAGCUCGAGAAUGCAGCAAUCUUUACACUUGGCCCUGCUGUCAAUCGUUUACGGUGUUGUUCUCGUUGUCUGGGGAAUCAAUGGCCUAAACAUACCCGAAUGCACUGGCCAAAAUGGAAUCAUCAACAACACCCGUCCCAAUUGCAGUUACCCCUAUAUUAAUUGCUCAGCCCAGGAUUCGUUGUUUUGCUUUCAAACUGACACUUGUAGUGCCAACUUUAUCUGUGGCAACAUAGACACACUGGAUAAUUCAACUGCUUCGCCCAACCAGACAACUCCAACGGUUAUAACCUCCCCGACACCUUUGGCCAGCACCUCAACCAUCUCAACCACCUCAACCACAUCGACUUCCAGUAUCCGACGUGAGUGUCGUCCGGGUGUAACCAAAAGGUUUAGUUAUCCACAGAAUUGUAACUAUUUCUACUACUGCGUGGACGGCUUUCUACUUGUGGAACAAUGUCCUAUUGGCUAUGUCUUCGAUUCGGAGAGUGGAGCUUGUGGUGGUCGUAAACGAGAUUCGGCCGAUUGUACGAUGAAAUAAAAAGUUAAUAAGCUAAAAAAACAAAAGAAGAAAUCAUUCAAUUAGGCUUCUUGUCAUGUCAACUAAAGCUAGAAAAUAAAAUUAACCAAGAGUCUUAUCAGAUAACAAGCGAAA